AAAUGCGAGGGGCAGCUCGCUGAGGCGCCUCGGUUUCUGAUCCGACGUGUUUUCCGCUGGAGUUCCGUAGCCGUCUGGGUUCCGCCCGGGUCCGGAUUCUACGCCGGGAGACAAGAUGCUCAAGUCCAAGACGUUCUUAAAGAAGACCCGCGCGGGCGGCGUGGUGAAGAUCGUGCGCGAGCACUACCUGCGGGAUGACAUCGGCUGCGGGGCCCCGGCCUGCGCGGCCUGCGACGGGGCGCACGCGGGCCCGGCCCUGGAGUCGCAGCCCCGGGACCAGGCGAGCAGCCUCUGCCCGUGGCCGCACUACCUUCUGCCGGACACCAACGUGCUGCUGCACCAGAUUGAUGUUCUGGAGGACCCUGCUAUCAGGAAUGUAAUUGUGCUACAGACAGUCCUGCAGGAAGUGAGAAACCGGAGUGCCCCUAUAUAUAAACGAAUCAGGGAUGUGACGAAUAACCAGGAGAAGCAUUUCUAUACGUUCACUAAUGAGCACCAUAAAGAGACCUACAUAGAGCAAGAACAGGGGGAGAAUGCUAAUGACAGAAAUGAUAGAGCCAUCCGAGUAGCAGCAAAAUGGUACAACGAACAUUUGAAGAAAAUGUCAGCAGAAAGUCAGCUACAAGUUAUCCUUAUAACAAAUGACAAGAAAAACAAAGACAAAGCUGUAGAAGAGGGAAUACCAGCUUUCACAUGUGAAGAAUAUGUAAAGAGCCUGACUGCUAACCCUGAACUUAUAGAUCGUCUUGCUUGUUUGUCUGAAGAAAUGAAUGAAAUAGAAAGUGGAAAAAUAAUAUUUUCAGAGCACCUUCCUUUAAGUAAGCUCCAACAAGGCAUAAAAUCUGGUUCAUACCUUCAAGGAACAUUUCGAGCUAGCAGGGAAAAUUAUUUAGAAGCUACAGUGUGGAUUCAUGGAGACAAAGAUGAUGAAAAAGAGAUACUUAUACAAGGACUUAAACAUCUAAACAGAGCUAUUCAUGAAGACAUUGUGGCUGUGGAACUUCUGCCCAAGAGUCAGUGGGUGGCACCAUCUUCUGUGGUUUUACAAGAUGAAGGCCAAAAUGAAGAUGAUGUGGAGAAAGAUGAGGAGAGAGAACUCAUGCUUAAGACUGCUGUAAGUGAAAAAAUGUUACGGCCUACCGGUCGAGUUGUAGGAAUCAUCAAAAGGAACUGGAGACCGUAUUGUGGCAUGCUUUCCAAGUCUGACAUUAAGGAGUCAAGAAGACAUCUCUUUACACCUGCUGAUAAGAGAAUUCCACGAAUUCGGAUAGAAACCAGACAGGCUUCUGCAUUAGAAGGACGGAGAAUUAUUGUCGCUAUUGAUGGUUGGCCUAGAAAUUCUAGAUAUCCAAAUGGACACUUUGUUAAAAAUUUAGGUGAUGUUGGAGAGAAAGAGACAGAAACCGAAGUUUUGUUGCUUGAGCAUGAUGUUCCUCACCAGCCUUUCUCCCAGGCUGUUCUUAGCUUCCUGCCUAAGAUGCCGUGGAGCAUUACUGAGAAGGACAUGAAAAACCGAGAAGACCUGAGACAUCUGUGUGUUUGCAGUGUAGACCCUCCAGGAUGUACUGAUAUAGAUGAUGCCCUGCAUUGUAGAGAACUCAGUAAUGGAAAUUUGGAGGUUGGUGUUCAUAUUGCUGAUGUUAGCCAUUUUAUCAGGCCAGGAAAUGCACUGGAUCAAGAAUCAGCCAGAAGAGGAACAACUGUUUAUCUUUGUGAAAAGAGGAUUGACAUGGUUCCAGAGUUGCUUAGCUCUAACUUAUGUUCCUUAAGAUCCAACGUUGACAGGUUGGCAUUUUCCUGUAUUUGGGAAAUGAAUCAUAAUGCUGAAAUCUUAAAAACAAGAUUUACCAAAAGUGUAAUUAAUUCAAAGGCUUCUCUUACGUAUGCUGAAGCACAGAUGAGAAUUGAUUCAGCAGCUAUGAACGAUGAUAUCACCACUAGUCUCCGUGGAUUAAAUAAACUAGCUAAAAUUCUAAAAAAAGGAAGGAUUGAAAAGGGGGCUUUGACUCUGUCUUCUCCAGAAGUUCGAUUCCACAUGGACAGUGAAACUCACGAUCCAAUAGAUCUACAGACCAAGGAACUGAGAGAAACAAAUUCCAUGGUGGAAGAAUUUAUGUUACUUGCAAAUAUUUCUGUUGCAAAAAAGAUUCAUGAAGAAUUUUCUGAACAUGCUCUGCUUCGAAAACAUCCAGCUCCACCUCCCUCCAAUUAUGAGAUUCUUGUUAAGGCAGCCAAGUCCAAGAAUUUGGAAAUUAAGACUGACACAGCUAAGUCUUUGGCUGAUUCUUUGGACCGGGCUGAAUCCCCUGAUUUCCCAUACCUGAACACUCUUUUAAGGAUAUUGGCCACUCGCUGUAUGAUGCAAGCUGUCUACUUCUGUUCUGGAAUGGACAAUGACUUUCAUCACUAUGGCUUAGCCUCCCCAAUAUACACACAUUUCACUUCUCCCAUCAGAAGAUAUGCAGACAUAAUUGUUCAUCGGCUGUUGGCUGUGGCUAUUGGGGCUGAUAGUACUUAUCCAGAGCUGACAGAUAAACACAAGCUUUCAGAUAUAUGUAAAAAUCUCAAUUUCCGGCAUAAAAUGGCUCAAUAUGCUCAGCGUGCAUCAGUAGCUUUUCAUACCCAGUUGUUUUUCAAAAGCAAAGAUAUAGUAAGUGAAGAAGCCUAUAUUCUCUUUGUAAGAAAGAAUGCAGUUGUGGUGUUAAUUCCAAAGUAUGGCUUAGAAGGUACGGUUUUUUUUGAAGAAAAAGAUAAACCAAAGCCACGGCUUACUUAUGAUGAUGAGAUACCUUCACUCAGAAUAGAAGGUACAGUGUUCCAUGUGUUUGAUAAAGUUAAAGUGAAAAUUACAUUAGAUUCAUCAAAUCUUCAACAUCAAAAAAUCCGCAUGGCCCUUGUAGAACCACAGAUACCAGGAAUAAAUACCCCUCCUGAUGUUUCAGACACGGAUCUCAGUGGGCCAGGGGAGAAGAAGAGGAAACUUGAGAAGUAGCUACAUGCAACAGAAAACAUCGAAGACGGAUUACCUUCAACAACAAAAUUGAAAGCACACUUACAAACUCGUGUGCAUAUUAGUUACUUUUAAGUACAUUUCAAUAAUUUUAAGAAAUUUGCAUUUUUAUUGAGUUGCUGACUGAAUCUGUCUUACACUGUGCUUCAGCAACAACACAAAUUAUGCAGAAAAAUUCAUUUGAAUAUCCAUCACUUAAAUGGCAACAGAAUAGCGACCUCAGGGAUCUGUGAUGAUCAUUUAAAUGGAGUACUCAUCUGCUCAUUGAAGAGCAGAUUAAUUUUAUAUUAGUACUUUAUUGAAUAUGGGGGAAAACUGUCAAUUUCUGAGGAAAAUAACAUUUUAGAAUCAAAGAGCAAGCCUUUCUAAAUCUUGAGCUGUCAUUGUAUUUGAUCUUUUUACCAAUUUAAUUUGCCUAUUUGCAACACUGUGUUCACAUAUAUUUUGAAAAGCCUCCUGUACUUCACUAGUGGUCCUCAAACAAUUGUGAAUGUUUUAGAAUUAUAAGAAAACAAAAACUCAGGUAUCUUGACCUGAAUGGGAACAUUGUGAUUUUUGUUGAAAGGUGGUAAGUUCAGUCAUCAUUAUCCUUAAUCUUUGUUGCCAAUGUUUCUCUCAAACAAGGCAUUACAGCUCAGAGGAAAAACAGAUGUGGAAAUGUCUGCUUUCUUACAAAAACAGAUAAUGGCCUUUGAAUUUUAGUUAUAUCCAGUUAUAUAGGAAAGGAAGGAUUGUAUUAAAGACAUCAAAAGGAACAAAUGAAGUCUCAUUUGGUGUACUGGAUUGACUACUUGUCUCGAAAAUCCCAGAUUAAUGAUUACAUUAGGAAAACUUUUUUUCUUUUUUUUUUUGUUUUUUUUUCCGAGACAGGGUUUUCUGUAGUUUUGGUGCCUGUCCUGGAUUUUGCUCUGUAGACCAGGCUGGCCUCGAACUCACAGAGAUCCGCCUGGCUCUGCCUCCCUAGUGCUGGGAUUAAAGGCAUACAUCACCACUGCCUGGCUGGAAAAUUUUAAUUCAACUUUGCUUAGUUUCCAGUCAAGUAAAGUACUUCUGUAUGGCUGAAGGAAGACAGUCUUAAGUAGUGUUUGAUCCAAAUAAAAUGGAUCAGUGACUGACGGUAGAGGAGGAGACAGCAAACCUUGUUUGUAAAAGGCCACACACAGCAUUUCAGGCUGUUGGCUGAACUAUAACUAUAGCACAACUCUGCUGUAAUUGUAGUUUAUAAGCACUCAAAACAAUAUGUAAACAGGGAUGGUUAUGUUCUUUAAAAAAAUCAGUUUUCCAAGGAAACAAGCUUCAGUUCUAUGUAGAACAGAUAUUCUUGAGCUUUAGUCACCAAUCACUCAGUUUUUUUGCUGUUGAGUUGGGCAUGUAGUUCAGUGGUUUAAUGACUGCCUAGUAUGUACAAGGCCUUGGAUUUGAUCAGACUAUUGCAAAACACAAGACAAGAACUGUUUGCCAGGCGCUGGAAAGAUGGCUCAGCAGUUAAGAGCAAGCACCAGCUGCUUUUCUGGAGGACCUGGUUUGACUCUCAGUGCCCACAUGAUGGCCCUUAGCCAUCUGUAACUCCAAUUCCAGAGGAUCCAAUGCUACUUCUAGCCUCCAACACUCAAGUACUAUACAAACAUGAAUACAGGCAAGAACAAAGUUAAAAAUGUUAAACUAUUUGCCAUAUUUUACCUACAGUAGAAAAUGAGGUUGUCUUGGUAAUAGCCAAUCACUUAUGUGUGUUAAAUGUGUGCACAUGCAUGUUCUCACCUAUGGGUACUUGUAAGGUCAGGGACAUUGGAUGUCUUCCUCAGUUGUUUCUCCACGUUAAUUUUUUUGAAGCAGGGUCUUUCACUCAACUUCAGAGCUUGUCACUUUCAGCUACACUGGCUAGAAUCAACCAGUCCUGUCCCAUCCCCCACCCCCCCAAUCUCGGGUCACAGCCACAUGCUGCCAUGCUUACCUCUCAUGUAGGUUAGGUUUUCAUGCAUGUACAGCAAGCACUUUAUCUAUGGAGCAGCCCCCAUGUCUGUUACCAUUCUAAUUGUCUAGUGAUUUUAGUAAGUACAGGCUUUAAUCUCAAUUGAGCAAAUUAUGAUCAAAAACCUAUAUGCCCCAAGGCCUCUGCUUUGAGCCUUUAAAAUGUUUUUUUCUCUAGUGCUAGUUAUGAAGCCAAGCAGAUUACACAGAACACAGUCAGUCUCCCAGUGUCCAGGCUUUGCAUCUCCAAAUUGAAAGUACUUGGGGGGGGGGGGGGGGAUGCAUCUGUGCACUAGUCGGUAUUCCCCCAGAUAAUAAAACUCCUAUUUUCAUUGUAUUUACAUUGUAGUAGAUAGAAUGAGAAGAUGUGCAUACCUUAUAUGCAAAGAUCAUGUCAUUAAAUGAGGGACAUUAGCAUC